UAGUCGAAAAAACUAUCAUGUCAGUUUACGGCUACAUGAAAACGUGCUUUAAGCAUCUGAACAAACUCAUGCUCGCAGUCAGUGGAUACGCGGCUUGCGAUUGGCCCGUUUGUACAUUGCAAGGAGAGAUAAUUCACAAUGAAGUUUACGCAAUUGUUGCAAAAACAACAUUUGGGUAGAGCGGCACGUCUGCUCUGGCAACAACAACGAGAGAGACCUGUAAAGAUAACCAAAGCAGAAGAAAUUUUAACAUCAAUGGGGAUCCCUGUACAAGAUGCCUUAGAAGUGGUGAAGCCACCAAAACUAUUUACCAAAUUUGAACACUUAAGUGUACCUGGUAUAGACCCAGAUUGGAAGGAAAGAACUUGCUUGACAUAUAAAGAAUGUAAUCUCUUACAAGAAGGUGUAUCACAAGCAUGUUUAUUAACAAAAACGUUAAAAGUUGAUGAUGAAAUUCCAGAAAAAAUCAAAUCUUUAAUCACUGAUAUCCCAGAACAUACAGAUAACUUAUUAAAAAGAAUUAUUUAUACAACAUAUAUAUAUGAUGCACAUCAAGAAAAGUUACCUAAAUUAAAAGACCCUAAUAGACCUAGUUGGGUGUUUCCUAGAUCGUAUGGCAUACCAAGCACAAGGAAAAUGCAUAAUAUAACGAGAAAAUUUCUACAACUCUGUGAAUCAUUAUGUGGAUUAAGUAUUGCGAAAAAUCGAGCAGUAUUACGAGAUGAAAUUUUAUCUGUAUGCAUAGAAAAGGAACUGGAUCUUUUACAAUUUUCCUUAAAAAUGGAUAUAAUAAUGACAUCUUCGAUGCCUUUAACACCAAUAGCAAAUCCAAAUGCAAAUAAUGAAUUUGACUUGCCAGAUAUUUUCCCAUUACAUUAUACUAUUGGUUUAUCCAAAUCAAAUAUUUACAAAACUGAGGACAUAUUUCCAAUUAAGAUGACAUCUGCAUUGAUGAACAUUCACACUAUCUUUAUAAAUCAUAAUCCAGAAGAAGUAAAAAAUUUAACAGAAUUGCCGACCACCGAAAAUCAAAUCCAUGCACGUUCCUUGAUGGAAUCAUUUACUGCAGCAGCAUGUUUUGCUCGGCAAAAAUUCGGAACAAAUGCGAAACAGUUGUCAGAACCGGUUGUUAUACAGUGUGUUCAAUCAGACGGACAAAAUUUUCAUUUCUCCGUGUAUCAACUCAACACAUUAGACAUCGAUGGUACGGAUGGAGUAAAAAAUUUUUGGUGGUCAACGCCAACAAUAAAAUUAUAUGAGAAAGCCGAAUAUGAAAAUGGCAGACCAUGUCUUACAGGCUAUAACGAUGAAGUGUUUAAAAGGUUUUUUGCAUUUUAUAAAAAUAAGUGAAUGGAAAGAAAGUU